AUGAGUGAUUUCCAUUAUGGCAGACUGGCAUGGCUCAGCUUCCACCCUAAGCGGCCUUGGAUCCUAACGAGUUUGCACAAUGGGGUGAUCCAGCUCUGGGACUAUCGGAUGUGCACCCUCAUUGACAAAUUCGAUGAACAUGAUGGACCUGUCCGGGGGAUCGAUUUCCACAAGCAGCAGCCACUCUUCGUCUCCGGAGGGGAUGACUAUAAAAUCAAGGUCUGGAAUUACAAGCUACGCCGCUGUCUCUUCACGCUGCUGGGGCACCUGGAUUAUAUUCGCACCACCUUCUUUCACCACGAGUAUCCCUGGAUCCUCAGUGCGUCUGAUGACCAGACCAUCCGGGUGUGGAACUGGCAGUCCAGAACCUGCGUUUGCGUAUUGACCGGACAUAACCAUUAUGUGAUGUGCGCCCAGUUCCAUCCUUCCGAGGACCUGGUCGUGUCUGCCAGUUUGGACCAGACUGUGCGCGUUUGGGAUAUUUCUGGUCUAAGAAAGAAGAAUUUAUCUCCGGGAGCUGUGGAGUCUGAGGUGCGAGGCAUCACCGGCGUGGACCUUUUCGGCACUACGGAUGCUGUAGUGAAGCAUGUUCUCGAGGGACACGAUCGUGGGGUCAACUGGGCAGCUUUCCACCCCACUAUGCCCCUCAUCGUCUCGGGGGCUGAUGACCGGCAAGUCAAGAUCUGGAGGAUGAACGGUA